AUGGUAACAACAACAACAAAUCCAGCCGUUUCGGCGGUUAAUCCACGUGAAAAAGCGUUGGAAGACUUCCGUAAAAAAAUUAUGGAACAUAAAGAAAUUGAAGCUCGAUUAAAACAAAUGCGUGAAGAUCUUCGUUCAUUAACAAAAGAAUAUGAUAAAAGUGAAAAUGAUUUAAAAGCAUUACAAAGUGUUGGACAAAUUGUUGGAGAAGUAUUGAAACAAUUAACUGAAGAUAAAUUUAUUGUCAAAGCAACAAAUGGUCCUCGAUAUGUUGUUGGUUGUCGUCGUCAAUUAGAUAAAGCUAAAUUACGUCCAGGUACUCGUGUAGCUCUUGAUAUGACAACAUUAACAGUCAUGCGUUAUUUACCUCGAGAAGUUGAUCCAUUAGUUUAUAAUAUGUCUCAUGAAGAUCCAGGAAAUGUUUCAUUUGGUGAAGUUGGUGGUUUAAGUGAACAAAUUCGUGAAUUACGAGAAGUUGUUGAAUUACCAUUAACAAAUCCUGAAUUAUUUCAACGUGUUGGUAUUACACCACCAAAAGGUUGUCUUCUUUUUGGACCACCAGGAACAGGAAAAACUUUAUUAGCUCGAGCUGUAGCCAGUCAACUUGAUUGUAACUUUUUAAAAGUUGUAUCAAGUGCGAUUGUCGAUAAAUAUAUUGGAGAAAGUGCACGAAUGAUUCGAGAAAUGUUUGCUUAUGCUAAAGAUCAUCAACCAUGUAUUAUUUUUAUGGAUGAAAUUGAUGCAAUUGGUGGACGUCGAUUUUCAGAAGGUACAUCUGCUGAUCGAGAAAUUCAAAGAACAUUAAUGGAACUUCUUAAUCAAAUGGAUGGUUUUGAUACAUUAGGAAAAGUUAAAAUAAUUAUGGCAACAAAUCGUCCUGAUACACUCGAUCCAGCACUUAUGCGACCUGGUCGACUUGAUAGAAAAAUUGAAAUUCCUUUACCUAAUGAACAAGCUCGUCUUGAUAUUAUAAAAAUUCAUGCUGCACCAAUUGCUAAACGAGGCGAUAUUGAUUAUGAAGCUAUUGUUAAAUUAAGUGAUGGUUUUAAUGGUGCUGAUAUGCGAAAUGUAUGUACUGAAGCUGGUAUGUUUGCAAUUCGUGCUGAACGUGAUUAUGUUCAAGAAGACGAUUUUUCCAAAGCAGUACGCAAAGUUGCUGAAAGCAAAAAACUUGAAUCGAAAUUUGAUUAUAAAGCUACAGGCACUUCUUAA